AUGGCGCUCGCGGAGCCUAUUCCGCCGACGGGCGACGGGCGGCGGGGCGGCUACGACCACCAGGCCAACGUGCAAAAGGAGUCGGACACGGUGAGGCACAUGCUGGCGCAGGACGGGUUCGAGCAGUGGUCGCCCGACCCGAGCCUGCUCCCGCCGCAAGCGCCCGCCGGCGCGUCGAUGGACGAGCUGCUCAGCGCGGUGCCGCGCGCCGGCGGCAUCGCGUGGCUCGCGUUUGGCAACUCUGGCGCGACCGAGAUGCUGCUCAACUGGGUGCACCACGUGAUCGCGCUGCGCAAGGGGCACGCGAUGGUCGUCGCCUGCUACGACGACGGGCUCUUCGUCCACCUGCGGAGGCUGCGCGUGCCGGCGUACAACUACUCGGGCGCCCUGCCUCCGGUCCACUUCCGCGGCACCCCCUUCCUCUUCCACCGGAUGGGCUUCCUCAAGGCGAUGACGAUCAAGGAGGUCCUGCUCUCCGGUCGGCACGUCCUCGUCUCGGACUCGGACGUCGCCUGGGCGAAGGACCCGACGGCGGAGCUGGCGGCGCUCGCGGCGGCGGGCGCCUCGAUCGCGCCCUCGACCGACUGCCUCGACGCCGCAGCGGACGCCGACAAGACGCCGCGAGGCGCGUCGCCCUUCAUGUGCGGCCACAGCCCGGGCAACACCGCCGGCGCCGUAUUCAACACCGGCGUCAUCUUCCUGGCGGCGAGCAACUCCACGGUCGCCUUCUGCGAGCGGUGGGCGCGGUCGACGCUCAAGCUCGAGACGUGGUGGUCGGACGACCAGGGCGUCUUCAACCGGCUGCUGACCGCGCGCGGCUUCUACCCCGUCCGCGCCGCCAGCAGCGACGGCAGGCUCGUGCACGGCCCCGACGGCCUCGUGCUCGGCCCGCUGCCCGCGCGCCGCUUCUGCUCGGGCCACAUGGUCUGGAUGCAGCAGGCGGGCGCGGCGGGCGAGUGCGCGUCGGUCCACGCCACCUUCACCGAGUUUGGCGACGCGGGCAAGCGUUGGCGGUUCCUCGAGGCUGGCCUGUGGGGCGCCCUCCCCGCGAGGUACUUCAGCGAGGGCCGCUACCUCUCCUUCGCGCCUCCCAAGCCGCCGCCCGACCCGCGGCCCUGCCAUAACGGCGAGGGGCUGUGGCGGCCGGGCGGGCCGGUGCCGCGCCCGUGCGGCGGCGAGGACGCGUCGCACGGGCUGGGCGGCAAGCGGCCGGGCGGAGUGCCCGCCGAGGAGGCGCGGCGGCGCUCGGUGCGGCUGCGGGCGAACCUCGAGCUCAUGCGUCGCCAGCUGCACGCGCUUCGCGACGCGCUCGCCCUCGCGUACGUGCUCAACCGCACGCUCGUGCUGCCGCACUUUGAUUGCCUCUGCGACCGGAGCGAGCUCGUCGACUACGUCCCCUCGUGCGUCUACCCGGGCGCGCCGCCAGGCCUAGCGUUCCCGAGGAAGUGCUCGACCCACUUUGUGCUCAACAUCCACAAGCUGCAGUACUUCCUCGAGCCGGCGCGCUACGCCGCCUCAGCGCCGUGGACGACCCGCAAGCCCGCGCCGCCGCUCUCCCUCCGCGCCCACUCCUUCCUCGCCGACCCGCGCACCGCGAGCGCCAUCACCGACGCGCCGCAGCGCGUCCGCGUCCUCGGCCGCCCGCCGCCCGUCGACGAGGCGCACUGGCCCGUCUCGCGCUGCUCCGCGCCGCACGACCGCACCUGCUCCAGCGUGCUCGGCGCGGGCGACGCGGCCUUCGACCCCGCGGCGGCGGCGCUGGGCGCGGGCGACGGCGAGCCGGCCGCCCCCGACGCGCUCUCGCUCCGACGAGGCGCGACCAACCGCGAGGUGCUGCGGCUGCUCGACGCGCCGGCGGUGCGGUCGGCGCGGCUCGUGACGCUUGAUGACGCCGAGGGCGCCUUUGGCGGCUGGGAGAGCGACUUUGAGCAGGCGGCCGGCUUCGCCAACCUCGAGUCCUUCUUCCUGCUCGGAGGCGACUGGUGCUGCUCGAGCCGCGAGGCAAACGUGGGGCGGCUGUAUCCUGUCGAUCCGCCGAGGCUGCGCGUGCCGGCGAGGGGCUCUUGA